AUGAAGUUGAGCGUAUCCUAUAUAUUCAUUCUUGCUACGUCUGUAUCUUUUAUUUACUGCGAUGAUUUUCAGCAACAUGUUCUUCAAGACAAGGGCACUCCAAUCGUGAAAUCGGUUGCUAUCAUUGGUGGAGGAGCAGCCGGCACAUCCACUGCAUUCUGGCUAAGCAAUGUGUUUCCUCAUGAAGACGCUCUACAAGUAAAUUGCACCAUUUUCGAACGUAACAGUUAUCUUGGAGGUCGAAGCACUGUUGUACCCAUCAAAAAUGAUUACUCUCUUGGCACCAUUGAAUUGGGCGCUUCCAUUUUUGUAGAAGCAAACAAAAACCUCAUGAUGGCCACCGAAAGGUUUGGACUGAACAAAACUCGUCUUACUGCUUUUGAGGAGGAGAUAUCUGUAAAGAACCGCCCAGGUUUAGGUGUGUGGAACGGCAAGGAAUUUCUGUUUGAAGAGUCUGGGAGUUACUGGGAUAGCAUGAAAGCAUUAUGGCGAUAUGGCUUUACGCCCCUCAAGUUUCAACGUAAACAAAAGGAAGUUGUUCAACGUUUUAUGGAAUUAUAUGAUACAGACCAUGGAUUUGAACACGUAUCCGAGAUUGUCAAAAGUCUUGAUUAUCAGAGUCUGCUGAAUAUGACAGCAGAGGCUUAUUUGAAGGAAUUGGGAAUCAAUGAUCGCUUCGCGCAAGAAAUUCUACAGACUGCAACAAGAGGAAACUAUUGCCAGGAUCUGAAUACACUUCAUGCUUUGGCAGUGAUGGUAUCCAUGGAAGCUGGCCAUGGGACUUGGGCUGUUGAGUCAGGAAACUACAAUAUAUUUGAAGAGUUUGCCCGUCGAUCUCAAGCAGCCAUCCAACUGCAGACCAAGGUAAUUGCUGUCAAUAACAUCACCGAAGUUGAUACAGAUGGAAACACAGCGCAAAGAUACGUAGUAGAAACAUUGGAUGGCACCAGUCAAGUAUUCGAUGAAGUAGUACUUGCUGCUCCCAUCAAGUUUUCUGGAAUACACCAAUUUCCUUUCCCAACAAAGCAAGAAGAGAGACCUUAUCAUCCUGUGUAUGUCACUUUGAUUGCUGGACAUCCAGAUCCCUGUUACUUUGGUAAAACGAUGGAAAACAUGCCAACAUUUGUUGUCUCCACAGGCGUUCCUUUAGUCGAUGGAUUCGAAAAUGGACAAGCGCCGUUCAACACCUUUUCUGUUCAUCGCUUUUUAGAAAAUGGCGAGAGUGUCAUCAAGAUCUUCUCCCAAGUAGAAUUGCAUGACGACUAUUUGGAUAAACUCUUUUUAAACAGAAGCUGGACAUAUCGCAAGGGCUGGCACGCUUUCCCUCAAUUGGAGCCCAUUGCCAAGGACCAACCUUUCCCGUCGUUCAUUCUCAAGACCGACGAAAAUGAUGAAUCUGGUAUUAUUUACACAGGAGCCUUUGAAAACUUUAUUUCUGUAAGAUGA